GGGCUUGGGGAGGCCGAGGGGUUCCGCAACACGGAGGGCGGGAGACUCUGGGCCGCGCGGGAGCCGGAGGGGCGACCCGGCCUCCGCGGAGACGAUGGCGGAGGAAGAAGGACCAACUAUAGAACUGCGCCAAAGAAAAAAGCCAAAGUCUUCAGAAAAUAAAGAAUCUGCCAAAGAAGAGAAAAUCAACAAUACUGCAAUUCCUGAAAGAGUUCCAAAACAUAUAUUAUUUCAGCGCUUUGCAAAGAUAUUCAUUGGCUGUCUUGCAGCAGUUACUAGUGGUAUGAUGUAUGCUCUCUAUUUAUCAGCAUACCAUGAACGGAAAUUCUGGUUUUCCAACAGGCAGGAGCUUGAGCGGGAAAUCACAUUUCAGGGCGAUAGUGCCAUUUAUUAUUCUUACUAUAAGGAUAUGUUAAAGGCACCUUCAUUUGAAAGAGGUGUAUACGAACUGACACACAAUAACAAAACUGUAUCUCUGAAGACUAUAAAUGCAGUGCAGCAAAUGUCUCUAUAUCCAGAACUUAUUGCCAGCGUUUUAUAUCAAGCAACUGGUAGCAAUGAGAUUAUUGAGCCAGUAUAUUUCUAUAUUGGCAUUGUUUUUGGAUUGCAAGGAAUAUAUGUCACUGCUUUAUUUGUUACAAGCUGGCUUAUGAGUGGAACUUGGCUAGCAGGAAUGCUAACUGUUGCAUGGUUCAUUAUUAACAGGGUAGAUACGACAAGAAUUGAAUACUCCAUUCCUUUAAGAGAAAACUGGGCACUACCAUAUUUUGCAUGCCAAGUUGCUGCACUUACAGGCUAUUUAAAAAGCAACUUAAAUUCUUAUGGAGAGAGGUUUUGCUACUUGUUGAUGAGUGCUUCAACUUACACAUUUAUGAUGAUGUGGGAGUACAGCCACUAUCUCUUGUUUCUUCAAGCAAUAUCUCUCUUCUUGCUAGAUGGUUUUUCACUGGAGCAAAGUGACAAGGUUCAUGAAGUUUAUAAAAUCUAUAUAUUUUCUCUCUUUGUGGGAUAUUUACUGCAGUUUGAGAAUUCAGCUUUAUUGGUAUCCCCUUUAUUAAGUUUUGUAAUAGCCUUAAUGCUUGCUAAGUGCCUUCAGCUGAAUGUGAAGAAAGGAACUUUUGUGGCUAAAAUAAUGAAAGUGAUUAAUUUUUACUUGGUGUGUACUCUGACAGUGACAUUGAAUAUUGUAAUGAAGAUGUUUGUCCCACACAAAGAAAAUGGACAUAUGCUGAAAUUCCUUGAAGUAAAAUUUGGACUAAAUAUGACUAAGAAUUUUACAAUGAAUUGGCUCCUAUGUCAAGAAUCCCUUCAGGCACCAUCUCAAGAAUUUUUUUUGCGAUUGACACAGUCUUCUUUAUUACCUUUCUAUAUUUUAGUGUUAAUUACUUGUUUUCUUUCUAUGAUUCAAGUUAUUUUUAGGAGAAUUAAUAGUGGUAAGUCCCUGAAAGAAACUAUUACGCUUGAAGAUGGACAAAUUGGAGAAAGGCCAGAAAUAAUUUAUCACGUGAUUCACACUAUUUUAUUGGGCUCUCUUGCAAUGAUUAUAGAAGGCUUGAAAUACCUCUGGACUCCUUAUGUGUGCAUGUUAGCAGCAUUUGGUGUAUGUUCUCCUGAACUUUGGAUGACACUUUUCAAGUGGCUUCGAUUACGAACUGUACACCCAGUAUUGUUGGCUCUCAUUCUGAGCAUGGCUGUCCCUACUAUAAUAGGUCUCAGCUUAUGGAAAGAGUUUUUUCCAAGAUUAAUGACAGAAUUAAUGGAACUACAAGAAUUUUAUGACCCAGAUACGGUGGAACUUAUGACCUGGAUAAAAAGGCAAGCUCCAGUUGCAGCUGUUUUUGCAGGAAGUCCACAGUUAAUGGGUGUGAUUAAAUUAUGCACUGGAUGGAUGGUGACAAGCUUGCCUCUUUACAAUGAUGAUGAUCUUCUCAAGAGAAAUGAAAAUAUCUAUCAAAUCUAUUCAAAGCGAUCUGCUGAGGAUAUUUAUAAAAUACUGACAUCCUACAAGGCUAAUUACCUAAUUGUAGAAGAUGCUAUCUGCAAUGAGGUGGGAACCAUGAGAGGCUGUAGGGUUAAAGAUUUAUUAGACAUUGCAAAUGGCCACGUGGUUUGUGAAGAAGGUGACAAGAUAACCCACUCAAAACAUGGAAGAUUUUGUCAUGAGGUCAAAAUUAACUAUUCUCCUUAUGUGAAUUAUUUCACUAGAGUAUACUGGAACAGAUCCUACUUUGUGUAUAAAAUCAACACUGUGAUAUCCUUUCAGUCUUGAAAAAUAGCAGAGCCUUCAUUUCAAAGACGUAUACCACCUGAAGUAAAAUGCAAUUUUCUUCUACCUACGUGGUGUCUUUUGGAAAUCAGAGUAUGGACAUUUGAAAUGUUGCUGCUGCUUUUCCCCUCCUUCUGUUAACUGGAUCUAGAAUUCUGUGGGGCAAAGAAGAUCAAACAUUACUGUCCUUUGGUAAAAUGUCAAAUCUGCCACUCUGCAUCAUUCCAGCCAGGUGUCUUCCUUAUUGCUACAUGGUCUUUAAAGAUUUUACCUUCUAAACUACUGUAAAAUUUUCCUCAUAAAUCUUCAUUCCAUCAUAACAUUAGUCUUGAAUUUGAAUAUGUUCAACGUCAGAGUAUAUAUCUCAAAUAUAACAUUUAAUAAAUAAUGUGAUAUAAUUAUAGAAUAGAAGGAAAGAAUUAUUCUUUCCCUCAAGGCAGUUUCUGAAGGUAUUUCAUGGUGUAUAAUAGAACUGAAAUAUUACAAUAAAAAGCUAAUUUAAAUGUUCACUGAAAAUUUGUGACAUUUAAAUUAAAAUGGAAAUUAUAUAAAGGAAACUGAUUUUUAAGGAUAUACAUAAAGAUAUAUCCAGAUUUUCCAUGAUACUGCUCUCCUCAUCUGCUGCUUAUGUAAAUGAGUACUUUCUUAGUAAUAUACAGUGUAUGAUAUUGCAUUUCAUCACUUUAUGACUAUUAAGUGGUUAGUUUUUUCACUUAUGCCCAUAAAUUUGAUACCAAUUUAAUCAUGAUAAAACAGUAACUCUUGUUACCUAUGUAUUUUUUUUCUUUUCUUGCGGUACACGGGCCUCUCACUGUUGUGGCCUCUCCCGUUGCGGAGCACAGGCUCCGGAUGUGCAGGCUCAGCGACCAUGGCUCACGGGCCCAGCUGCUGCGUGGCAUGUGGGAUCUUCCCGGACCGGGGCACGAACCCAUGUCCCCUGCAUCAGCAGGUGGACUCUCAACCACUGUGCCACCAGGGAAGCCCACCUAUGUAUUUUUUAAAACAGACAUUUAAAAGAAUGUUCAAAUUUUUAAAAUAAGAAAAAAAUAAAAGAAUGUUGUUUAGGUUUUUAAAAAAUAUGGAUAUGGAGUAUAUAUAUAAUCUAUUCACAUGUUUUCUAUUGAAGUAUUAAGUAAAAAAUUAAAUCUUUAUCAGAAUGAGAAUAUGAGCAAUUAACGUGAGCAACAAUUUCUGGAGAUAUGUGCAGAUGAUGUUUAACAUACCUCUGCAUAGAGGUGUAUUUAUGUAAAACACAAGUGCUAUUAUUUAUGAAACGAUGAUACAACCUUCAACAUUAAGAACAAAAUGACAAUUAUAAUAAAUUCAGAGCAGUUUCACGAUCUGUUAUGUUCCUUUAAGUUAAAUGUUUUCAUAUUUUUAAUUAUUAAUUAAAAGAAAUUCUAAAUGAUUAAUUUGGCCUUAUGAAGAGAUUCAGGAUGGGUGUAUCAUUUUAAUAAGAUGGGAUACCUAUUCAGUUUGACCUUAUACACCUGUUAAGUGAACAGAUUUAAAAAUUUUUCACUUGUUAAAGAGUGCUGUAAAAAUUGCAAUUUCAUUACUCUGAAUUACUACAUUAGAAAGGAACAUCUUUCCAUUUUCUUUAUUUUCUGUAAUAUAUAUUUUAAAAGUACAAAAGCACAUGCAUUCUUAGAUUAGCUCUAAGAUGUUUUGUUCUUUUGGAGCUUAAGAAUUGUUUGAUGGCAGUGUCAUAUGUCUGGUGCAUUAGUUUUAUUGGUUCUCAUUUCACGUUUUUAUAUAACUUUUAACAAUUAUAUUAAGAUAGCUACAGGCAGGUUAUUUCAGGUUCUCUGUACAUCUUAAUAGUGAGUCACUAGUAUUUAGCUUCAAGCCUUAUGAAAAUAUUACCAUAGUUACCUAAGUACACAGUGAAUAGUCACAUGGUAGUACUUACAAUUAGAGGGAGCAUGUAAAACAAUGUAAUUUAAAAGUCAGCUUGCAUAUUUUGAAAGGGAAAUAGAACAACCUACUUUCUACGUAGCAUGAAAUAUUUAAUUGAAUUUUUAUUGAUUUACUUUAUGAUCAAAUAUGCUGAAUUAGUUUUGAUUGUUGUAUGUUUUUUGUUUUUGUUU